UCCCGGCGGCCGCGGCAGCACUCGGCCGGCGCUGCGCUGCGGGGAGGGCGGCUCUGCGAAGCCGCGAGUCCUCCCGCCGGGCUCCGGACCCAGCAUGGCUUUCGCCAAUUUCCGCCGCAUCUUGCGCUUAUCAACCUUCGAAAAGAGAAAAUCUCGUGAAUAUGAACACGUCCGUCGGGACCUGGAUCCCAACGAGGUGUGGGAGAUCGUGGGCGAGCUGGGGGACGGCGCUUUCGGCAAAGUGUACAAGGCCAAAAACAAGGAGACCGGCGCCCUAGCAGCAGCCAAAGUCAUCGAGACCAAGAGCGAGGAGGAGCUGGAAGAUUACAUCGUGGAGAUUGAGAUCCUGGCCACCUGCGACCACCCGUACAUCGUGAAGCUCCUGGGGGCCUACUACUAUGACGGGAAGCUAUGGAUCAUGAUCGAGUUCUGCCCCGGGGGAGCUGUUGAUGCCAUCAUGCUGGAGCUGGAUCGAGGCCUCACCGAGCCCCAGAUUCAGGUUGUGUGCCGCCAGAUGCUGGAGGCUCUUAACUUUCUGCACAGCAAGAGGAUCAUCCACCGCGACCUGAAAGCCGGCAAUGUGCUUAUGACCCUGGAGGGGGACAUCCGGUUGGCUGAUUUCGGUGUGUCUGCCAAGAAUCUGAAAACUCUGCAGAAGCGAGAUUCCUUCAUAGGAACGCCUUACUGGAUGGCUCCUGAGGUGGUGCUCUGUGAGACCAUGAAGGACGCCCCCUAUGACUACAAAGCUGACAUCUGGUCCCUGGGGAUCACGCUGAUCGAGAUGGCGCAGAUCGAGCCCCCACACCACGAGCUCAACCCCAUGCGGGUCCUGCUCAAGAUUGCCAAAUCAGACCCUCCCACGCUGCUCACACCCUCCAAGUGGUCUGCCGAGUUCCGAGACUUUCUGAAGGCAGCAUUGGAUAAGAACCCAGAAACCCGGCCCACGGCUACACAGCUGCUGGAGCAUCCCUUUGUCAGUGGCGUCACCAGUAACAAGGCUCUUCGGGAAUUGGUGGCCGAGGCAAAGGCCGAGGUGAUGGAGGAGAUCGAAGAUGCCAGGGAGGAUGCCAGGGAGGACGGAGAAGAGGAGGAGGCUGUGGAUGCUGCUGCGCCCCUGGUCGACCACACUCAGGAAUCUGCCGACGCAUCUCAGCCAAGCCUCAACUCCAACAAGCUUCUCCAGGCUCCCUCUGCCCCGCUGCCUCCCAGCCAGCCUCAGGAGCCUGUGAAUGGGCCUUGUAGCCAACCCUCAGAGGAUGGAGCCCUCCAAACCACCAGCCCCACAGACGUGGUGCCCACGAGUGACAAUGACUUAAAGGUGCCUGUUCCUCUCCGGAAGUCCCGGCCACUGUCCAUGGAUGCCAGAAUUCAGGUGGCCGAAGAGAAACAAGUCACCGACGAAGCUGAGAGCCCUGGUCCUGCAGCUAGUAAGUCCCCAAAGGCAAACCACAGCCGGCCUAACAGCAGCGCCCUGGAGACCUUGGGUGGGGAGAAGAUGGCCAACGGUGGCCUGGAGCUCCCCAGCUCUGUAGCUCCGUGCCAUUCUAAGAGGGCUUCGGACUGCAGCAACCUGUCUACCUCGGAAAGCGGGGACUAUGGCACCUCCCUGUCUGCUGACCUGUCACUGAACAAAGAAACGGGCUCACUGUCUCUCAAGGGCUCCAAACUACACAACAAGACCCUGAAGCGCACGCGCCGCUUUGUGGUGGACGGCGUGGAGGUGAGCAUCACCACCUCCAAGAUCAUCAGCGAAGACGAGAAGAAAGACGAGGAGAUGCGGUUUCUCAGGCGCCAGGAACUCCGGGAGCUUCGGCUUCUGCAGAAAGAAGAACAUCGGAACCAGACGCAGCUGAGCAGCAAGCACGAGCUGCAGCUGGAGCAAAUGCACAAACGCUUUGAACAAGAAAUCAACGCCAAGAAGAAAUUCUAUGACAUGGAGCUGGAGAACCUGGAGCGGCAGCAGAAGCAGCAGGUGGAGAAGAUGGAGCAGGACCACAGCGUGCGCCGCAGAGAGGAAGCCAAGCGGAUCCGCCUGGAGCAGGAGCGGGACUACACCAAGUUCCAAGAGCAGCUCAAGCAGAUGAAGAAGGAGGUGAGGAGCGAGGUGGAGAAACUGCCCCGGCAGCAGCGGAAGGAGAGCAUGAAGCACAAGAUGGAAGAACACUCACAGAAGAAGCAGCUGCUCGACCGGGACUUUGUAGCCAAGCAGAAGAAUGACCUGGAGCUGGCCAUGAAGAAGCUCACCACAGAAAACAGGCGGGAGAUCUGUGACAAGGAACGAGAGUGCCUCAGCAAGAAGCAAGAGCUCCUCCGAGACCGGGAGGCAGCCCUGUGGGAGAUGGAGGAGCACCAGCUGCAGGAGCGGCAUCAGCUGGUAAAGCAGCAGCUUAAGGACCAGUACUUCCUGCAGCGGCACGAACUGUUGCGCAAGCACGAGAAGGAGCGGGAACAGAUGCAGCGCUACAACCAGCGAAUGGUGGAGCAGCUGAAGAUCAGACAGCAGCAGGAGAAGGCGCGGUUACCCAAGAUCCAGAGGAGUGAUGGCAAGACGCGCAUGGCCAUGUACAAGAAGAGCCUGCACAUCAGCGGCGCAGGCAGUGCCUCCGAGCAGCGCGAGAAGAUCAAGCAGUUCUCCCAGCAGGAGGAGAAGAGGCAGAAGGCGGAGAGGCUCCAGCAGCAGCAGAAACACGAGAACCAGAUGCGAGACAUGAUGGCGCAGUGCGAGAGCAACAUGAGCGAGCUGCAGCAGCUGCAGAACGAAAAGUGUCACCUGUUGGUGGAACAUGAAACCCAGAAGCUGAAGACCCUGGAUGGGAGCCAUAACCAGAGCCUGAAGGAAUGGCGGGACAAGCUUCGGCCCCGCAAAAAGGCCCUGGAAGAGGAUUUGAACCAAAAGAAGCGAGAACAGGAAAUGUUUUUCAAACUAAGUGAGGAAGCAGAGCCCAGACCCACCACACCCAACAGAGCCAGCAAGUUCUUCCCUUACAGCACCGGGGACGCUUCCUAACACCCCGCAUCCCUGGGCUGUGGUGGCGGCAUGGCCACUAGGGCCUCCGAGCCUCUAUGAACAAGUGACUCAGGACCUCUUCCUCUUGUUUCUGUGCCAGCUUGAACCACCUCCCAGCCUGCAGUGCUC